GACGAACAACCGGUCGCAAAAAGCCCGUGACUCUGAGAGUCCCCAAGUGACGUCGCACCGCAAAACCAGUUGACUGACACUCUCCCUAAAAGCGUCACCGGCAGAACACCCCUCCCCCUCCAUUUCAAUCACCCGAUACUCCGGUUAACCUAUAUCUAUUUUCUUCUUCUUCUCCUUUCCUUCUCUCCUUUCUCUCCCACCACCUCUUGCUUCUACUCUAAUUUCUACUUAUUCUUCCUUCCUUCUACAAUUGACCGUUUCGCAGCUGCACCAUGGCUAAGGUUGACCACAAAGUUGCCCUCAUCGUUAUCGAUGGUUGGGGUGUUGCCGGUCCCGACUCUCGCAAGGAUGGCGACGCUAUCCUCGCUGCAGAGACUCCCUUCAUGUCCGGUUUUGCCGAGGCCAAUUCGAAGACUGCCCAGGGCUACGCCAAGCUAGAUGCCUCGUCACUUGCUGUCGGAUUGCCGGAAGGUCUCAUGGGCAACAGUGAAGUCGGCCAUUUGAAUAUCGGCGCAGGACGUGUGGUCUGGCAGGACAGUGUCCGUAUUGAUCAGACUCUCAAGAAGGGCGAGUUGAACAAGGUGGACAAUGUCGUUGCGUCUUUCAAGCGCGCUAAGGAGGGCAAUGGGCGUCUUCACCUUCUUGGCCUGGUUUCCGAUGGCGGUGUCCAUUCCAACAUUACCCACCUGGUUGGCUUGCUCAAGGUUGCCAAGGAGAUGGAGAUUCCCAAGGUCUUCAUUCACUUCUUCGGCGAUGGCCGUGACACCGAGCCUAAGAGCGCUACCAAGUACAUGCAGCAGCUUCUUGAUCAGACUAAGGAGAUUGGCAUUGGUGAGAUCGCCACUGUCGUUGGACGCUACUGGGCUAUGGACCGCGACAAGCGCUGGGACAGAGUGGAAAUUGCCAUGAAGGGUGUAGUAUCGGGGGAGGGCGAAGAGAGCUCUGAUCCCAUUAAGACUAUCAACGAGCGCUACGAGAAGGACGAGACCGAUGAGUUCCUGAAGCCUAUCAUCGUUGGUGGUCAGGAGAGACGGAUCCAGGAUGAUGACACCCUUUUCUUCUUCAACUAUCGCUCUGACCGUGUUCGUGAAAUCACUCAGCUGCUUGGCGACUUCGACCGCUCCCCCAAGCCCGACUUCCCUUACCCUAAGAACAUCCACAUUACCACCAUGACCCAAUACAAGACCGACUACACAUUCCCCGUCGCUUUCCCUCCCCAGCACAUGGGUAACGUGCUCGCCGAAUGGCUCGGCAAGAAGGAUGUUCAGCAAUGCCACAUAGCUGAGACUGAGAAGUACGCUCACGUCACUUUCUUCUUCAACGGUGGUAUUGAGAAGCAGUUCGCCGGCGAGGUCCGCGACAUGAUCCCAUCCCCCCAGGUCGCGACCUACGAUCAGGACCCCAAGAUGAGCGCUGCAGCUGUCGGUCAGAAGAUGGCCGACCGCAUCGGCGAGGGCAAGUUUGAGUUCGUCAUGAACAACUUCGCUCCUCCCGACAUGGUUGGCCACACUGGUGUGUAUGAAGCUGCCAUUCAGGGUGUUGCGGCCACCGACAAGGCCAUCGGUGUCAUCUACGAGGCCUGCAAGAAGCACGGCUAUGUGCUGUUCAUCACUGCGGAUCAUGGAAACGCCGAGGAAAUGCUCACCGAGAAGGGCACCCCCAAGACUUCUCACACCACCAACAAGGUUCCUUUCGUCCUGGCCAAUGCCCCCGAGGGCUGGAGCCUCAAGGAGGACGGCGUGCUUGGCGACGUCGCACCGACCGUUCUCGCUGCCAUGGGCAUUGAGCAGCCUGAGGAGAUGAGUGGACAGAGUCUCCUCGUCAAGGCCUAGAGAUACCCUAAUACAUAGAUCGUCUUGGUGCAUCAUUUAGAGACGAUUUGGGCGGGUUAUGAAUACAUGAAAGUUAUGGAGUUCAAAUGUCUGACAGUUUGAUGUAGUAUAAAAUUAGACUUUAGAGGUUGCAGGAAUGA